AUGAUAACCUUCCCCACCAACGCAACCUGCGGUGAGGUGAACGUGUUCUACACCGGACUUACCGCGUACCAUCCACUUGUCCUCUCUAGAGGUUUUGAUCCGGUUCAAACUGACAUUGCUUUGCGCAACGAUACUGCAAACCUCGUUAAGGCUGGAUUCAAUGUCUAUGACCGCAUGAAGGGCAAACGUUGGGGAGUCACUGGCGUGGGAUGGGGUAUUAGGAACUCGACCAUGCUGGAGCUUGUCAACCACUUUGAAGAGAACAUCAACCAAUACCGCGAGGCCGAGCCACUCGCUCCUUUGGUUUUCAAUUGGAGCCCGACCUCUCUUGCUGAAUCGGUCACCAGGCAUGUACCUCUGAGAGACGACUGCACCGGAAAGCCUGGAACGUUAUAUGCAUAUGAGGAAAACUGCCCCCCUGAGCUGUGUGAGAAAACCACUGUGGUUACCUCUGGUAGCCUCGAGGAACUUCUUCAGGGGAUCCCCCAGUGA